AUGGCUGCUCCACGGUCAAGAAUUUUGGAAUUGCUGCGAGCGCAAUGCCGGAUAUUUUCCACGACAUUCAAUCCAGAAGGCAUCCGGACCGGAAACAAAGUCUUGCGUCAGAGACUCCGUGGUGCAGCUGUUGCCGCAUAUUAUCCUCGAAGAGUAGUUACUUUCAAGGAUUUGCAGAAGAGCUAUCCGGAAUUUGAAAUUUUUGACGAUGUUCAGGACGACCGGAUUGAACAUCUUCAGAUCCUGAAAGCGAAAGGAAAGGGUGCGCCAAAGAAGAAGAAGUCAGCGGAAGAAUCGAAGAAAUUCGCCAGCAAGAAAAAGCCAGCAGCUGCCCCGAAAGCAGUCAGUUUUUAA